CUAAGAUGUGCUCUUCUUUUAGUCACUUCUAUUUAUUUUGGGUAUAGAUGAAUACAUGGCUAUAUAGCUAAGAAUUAGUACAAAGAAAAUUUAAUUUACACAUAUACUUCUAAGGCAUGCAACUUAUAGAAUCGAACACCGUGGGAAUUGAAUCUGCAAAAAGGAAGACGGCGGAAGAGAUGACUAAGGAGGAAGAGGAGGUGGUGGCGGCACCACCGGAGCCGCCACACUUCGUCCUUAUACACGGCGUAGGAGGAGGAGCUUGGUGUUGGUACAAGCUGAGGUGUCUGAUGGAGAGCUCCGGCUACAAAGUCUCCUGCCUUGACCUCAAAGCCGCCGGUAUAGACCCGUCCAACGCAAAUGAUAUACUUUGCUUUGAAGAUUAUAACAAGCCCCUCCUUGAUUUCCUCGCUUCCUUGCCUCCACAUCAACAGGUAAUCUUGGUGGGGCAUAGCGCAGGAGGAUUGAGCGUUACAGAUGCGACGUACAAGUUUCCUCAAAAGAUAAGCCUGGCAAUCUACCUCGCUGCAACUAUGCUUAGAACUGGCUUCACCACCGAACAAGACAUCAAAGAUGGAGCUCCGGAUGUGUCGAAUCUCGGUGGAAUGGAUAAUGUGUUUGAUGUGGGUUAUGGCCUUGGUCAAGAUGGACCUCCUACCAGCGCUGUUGUCAAGAAAACGAUACAACGGAAACUUAUCUACCAAAUGAGUCCACUAGAGGAUUCGAUGUUAGCAGAAAUGCUACUACGACCAGGACCAAUAAAAGCAUUACAGAGUGCUAAGUUCAAGGAAACAGACUGUGCAGAAAGCGUUCCUCGGAUUUACAUAAAAACAAAGUACGACAACAUCCUUAGAUCGGAGCAGCAAGAUGCGAUGAUCAACAAGUGGCCGCCGGCGAGCGUGUACAAUUUGGAAAGUGACCAUAGUCCUUUCUUCUCUGCCCCUUUCGCGCUUUUCGGUUUACUAGUCAAAGUUGUUAAUUCCUCUUACAAUAAUAAUAAGAUAUGUGAAGUAAAUUAAAUACUUGUUUUCAUUGUUGAAUUGUCGGAUUUCUUGAUUAUAAUAUUGUUGUUAUUCAUAAUAAUAAACAAUUGCGGGUAACAUAUUUUUCUUUAAUUUUU